CUCCCGGCCGUUCCCCAGGCCGGCCCCUCGGCGGCGGCGUGGCGGGAGACGCGCGCAGGAAGGGGCGGGGCUAUGAGUACGCGUCCGUGCGCGAUCUCGCGAGAGCAGCAGACGGCGGAAGUACAGUCUGCAGGAUGCGGUUCCUGGUUGCGUUGGUCCUCCUGAUGGUUGCAGCGGCGGAAGCCGAGGAGUCCACUUCUCCGUCACCCACUCAGAAGAACAUAACGACUACAGAAAGAGUCUCCACCCAGUUCUCCCCCAGCCUCCUGCCUCAGAAUAAAUCACAGGCUCCGACACAACUUACGGCUGUCAGCUCUGCUGGUUCAGACUCACAGCAACAGUCCACAGGAGACAACUCAAACCAGUCAAAUGACCACCAGUCCACGGGAAACAGUCCUGGCAACUUGGUUAAGGACCACCAGUCCAAGGGAAACAGUCCUGGCACGUCAAAUGAGGACCACGAGUCCAUGGGAAACAGUCCUGGCAAGUCAAAUGGGGGCCACCAGUCCACGGGAAACAGUCCUGGCACGUCAAAUGAGGGCCACAAGUCCACAGGAAACAGUCCUGGCAAGUUAAAUGAGGGCCACCAGUCCACGGGAAACAGUCCUGGCAACUUGGUUAAGGAGCACCAGUCCACAGGAAACAGUCCUGACAAGCCGGACAAGGGCCACCAGUCCACAGAAAACAGCCCUGACAAGUUGGAUAAGGGCCACCAGUCCACGGAAAACAGUCCUGGCAAGUCGGAUAAGGACCACCAGUUCCCGGAAAACAGUCCUGGCAAGUCGGAUAAGGACCACCAGUUCCCGGAAAACAGUCCUGGCAAGUCGGAUAAGGACCACCAGUUCCCGGAAAACAGUCCUGGCAAGUCGGAUAAGGACCACCAGUUCCCAGAAAACAGUCCUGGCAAGUCGGAUAAGGACCACCAGUUCCCGGAAAACAGUCCUGGCAAGUCGGAUAAGGACCACCAGUUCCCGGAAAACAGUCCUGGCAAGUCCGAUAAGGACCACCAGUUCCCGGAAAACAGUCCUGAACCUGAAGGGGGCUCUCCACCCAAAGAAGAGAAGGAAAUGCCUGGCCCUGCCUCUGGAGAGAACCUUGCAGGGACACUUUUGGAUUCCGUAAAUAGGAAGAAGGAUGACCUUUAUAAGGACAAUCUUGGAAGUGCGGAGAGCAGUCACUUCUUUGCAUAUCUGGUGACCGCAGCCAUUCUUGUUGCUGUUCUCUAUAUUGCCUAUCACAACAAGCGGAAGAUUAUUGCUUUUGCCCUGGAAGGAAAAAAAUCCAAACUUACUCGGCGGCCUAAGGCCAGUGACUACCAGCUUUUGGACCAGAAGAUUUGAUCUUUCUGUUUUUGAGAACCUCGUCCUCCCUGCUGAUUUGUUUCUAAAUCAAGAUAAAUGAAGAUAAAAGUACUGUGAACUAAGAGAUACCUCUAGGGUUUGGUGGCAGGUCCGGGCUGGCAGACAUGGGGGGGUGAGGAGCAUGGCUUUGGUUUUUGCACCGGCACUUUAGUGACCCUGUGCUCCUUUGUUCCCAUUAUUUACGCUGGUGUCUUCCGUCCUUUCCCUCUUAGAAUGAGUAGAAGGAGCGAGAAGGUGGGAACCCAGUUUUGACCAAAUGGAGAUCCCAGCCCCUGGCAGGCUAGUGCUGCUGACCGCCCUGGGCGCCUUGGGCCUCGGCUCUGUAGUGAAAUUACCCCUAGAAAGUAGCAUUGCACUCGCCACUAUUUAUUUUUGCAGACCUAGGAGAAAACUCAGCUGCUUGAGGUACUUUCCACCAGGGCCUCUUACUUUGGGGGCUGUGCCCUACAAGAGAUCUACAAGGUGAAUGCUGAUGGGCAAAAAGCUACAUUGAACACAAUUCUUUUCAAAUGCUUCAGCAGUAAACCAAAACAAUAGCUUAAAAAAAUGCUUUACUGCCUGCAGGUUCAACCCAUCUAGCACAUUUUCAUAUUAUGUAAGACAAAGUGAGUCAGCUUCCAUUUGGUUGUACUGAGUAUAAAACUGAACUUGGGGCUUCUGGGAGUAGAGCUGUAAAGCCACUGUUCCCAUUGCAGAUUUUUAGAAAUAAAGUUGUGAUUAUUGAAGCACUGUUUUUUCUUAUAACCAUAACAGGAACUUUUUGAAUUAGAGUAAGUUCAUGUGCAAGAAAACAAAUAGGAGGGUUUUGGUUUGGGUUUGCGUUUUUUUCAAAGAACCUAUGAAAUAGGUUCCCCACAAACUCUGUUUUGCCUCUGUUGCCUAAAACAGACAAAAUAGACAUAUUUAGAAACUAACCAGGCUCUUUCUUUUACCUUAACCUAAUUAAUGGUCCUCUCAUCUAAUAUAAAAUGCUAAGUAGGGGUAGUUAGUAAAACUUCUAUCCCAUGGGAAGGGUUAUUAAAAUUUAAGAAAUUCACAGAGUUCCCCUGGGGUAACUGAGAGUAAUGUCUUAGGUCACACUGUGUGAAGUUUUAUGUCGCUCUAGUCAUGUUAUCCUAUUAUAGAGAGCCUUCAAGAGUUGUUUCUGCAAAGGAAAAACUGAAAUAGACUAACUGAUCUCAAGAAAUACAAAGAUGUGGGAAGUGAGGGGAAUAUGACGAAUUCUGUGCUAUGGAAGAAGUCAGUCUAAAGAAGGGACCACGUGUUUGUCAUAUUAUCAUCGUCCACUUUGCUUAGAACAGUGCAUGGCUUCCAGUUGAGGUUUUCAUUCAUUGCAGGAACCUGUUAGUGGAGAUCAAGAAUGACUGAAUGCUCUUCUUGUCAUCAUUUCUUUACUUGUGCACCAGUCUAUAAUACUUUCCUCCAGUCUGAGGAUUCUUCUGUCAGGCUCCCCUAGCAUUCCCUAAGACCUUGGUUAUUAUAUUCCCUUUUCUGUCUCCCCUGUCCCUGCCUUCCCUCUUCUAAUGUUUUCUAUUUCAGCCCAUCUACACUAACACUUUCUCCAACCUUCAUGCUUACACAACACCGCCCCAGCCCCCAUCCAUCCUAUUUGUUACUGAGUCUGCUCUUCAACUUCUUCAGUAAGUGUUGCUUCCAUUACUUUGUCAUUCACUCUCUUCAUAACCUUUACAAGCUCACUUUGGUCCCUGUCUUUCUACUAAGUGUUGUUCCAUAGUUUCAAAUCAUCAAAUCCAAUGGCUUGUUCUCAAAACUUAGUCUUGAUCUUGAUAGAAUUGGACACUGUUGACCAUCCAAAUAGAAAUUCCCCUCUUUUGGUUUCUUUGACAAAGUGUCCUUAUGUCAAGAACUCCUUUGUCA